CCUGCUAUCCUCAUAAUGGCAGAGGGGCUAUAUAAAGGAGGUGUGGCACCCCCAGUGUGUACUUGGAGUACUCUCAACAGAGGAGAAGUUUCCUGUUUGGUUUGAGACUCUGAUCACCUCUGGAUUGUCAUUACCACAUUUGAUUAUCAAGAGGAAGGACCUGUGUCCAAACUUGUGACCUGGACUUUCCACACUCUCAUCUGGCCUUCUAGGACUCUGCGUCCAUCACUCCGGGGCUGGAGUCAGAGUUCAGGAUGCCGGACCAGAUCUCCGUGUCCGAGUUCAUCGCGGAGACCACCGAGGACUACAACUCGCCCACCACGUCGAGCUUCACUACGCGGCUGCACAACUGCAGGAAUACGGUCACGCUGCUGGAGGAGGCUUUAGACCAAGAUAGGACAGCUCUGCAAAAGGUGAAGAAGUCUGUGAAGGCAAUAUAUAAUUCUGGUCAAGAUCACGUUCAAAAUGAAGAAAACUAUGCCCAAAUUCUUGAUAAGUUUGGGAGUAAUUUUUUAAGUCGAGACAACCCUGAUCUUGGCACCGCUUUUGUCAAGUUUUCAACUCUUACAAAGGAACUGUCCACACUGCUGAAAAAUCUGCUCCAGGGUUUGAGCCACAAUGUGAUCUUCACCUUGGAUUCCCUGUUGAAAGGAGACCUAAAAGGAGUCAAAGGAGAUCUCAAGAAGCCAUUUGACAAAGCCUGGAAAGAUUAUGAGACAAAGUUUACAAAAAUUGAGAAGGAGAAAAGAGAGCAUGCAAAACAGCAUGGCAUGAUCCGCACGGAAAUCACAGGAGCUGAGAUCGCAGAGGAAAUGGAGAAGGAAAGGCGCCUCUUUCAGCUGCAGAUGUGUGAAUAUCUCAUCAAAGUGAAUGAAAUCAAGACCAAAAAGGGUGUAGAUCUGCUGCAGAAUCUUAUCAAAUAUUAUCAUGCACAGUGCAAUUUCUUCCAAGAUGGCUUGAAAAUAGCUGAUAAGCUGAAACAGUACACUGAAAAAUUGGCUGCUGACUUAUAUAAUAUAAAGCAAACGCAGGAUGAAGAAAAGAAACAAUUAACUGCACUCCGAGACUUAAUAAAAUCAUCUCUUCAACUUGAUCAGAAAGAGGAUUCUCAGAGCCGGCAAGGAGGUUACAGCAUGCAUCAGCUCCAGGGAAACAAAGAGUACGGCAGUGAGAAGAAGGGCUACCUGCUCAAGAAGAGUGAUGGGAUCCGCAAAGUGUGGCAGAGAAGGAAAUGUGUUGUGAAGAAUGGAAUUCUGACCAUCUCACAUGCCACAUCUAACAGGCAACCAGCUAAGGUGAACCUCCUCACCUGCCAGGUGAAACCGAAUGCUGAAGACAAGAAGUCCUUUGACCUGAUCUCACAUAACAGGACGUAUCACUUUCAGGCAGAGGAUGAGCAGGAUUAUGUAGCGUGGGUAUCAGUAUUGACCAACAGCAAAGAAGAGGCCCUGGCUAUGGCUUUCCGAGGAGAGCAGAGCACAGGGGAGAACAGCUUGGAGGACCUGACCAAGGCCAUCAUCGAAGAUGUCCAGCGGAUGCCCGGGAAUGACGUCUGCUGUGACUGUGGCUCCUCAGAACCCACCUGGCUUUCAACCAACUUGGGUAUUUUGACCUGCAUAGAAUGUUCCGGAAUCCAUAGAGAAAUGGGAGUUCAUAUUUCUCGCAUUCAGUCUUUGGAACUAGACAAAUUAGGAACUUCUGAACUCUUGCUCGCCAAGAAUGUGGGAAAUAAUAGUUUUAAUGAUAUUAUGGAAGCAAACUUACCCAGCCCCUCACCAAAGCCCACCCCUUCCAGUGAUAUGACUGUCCGAAAGGAAUAUAUCACUGCAAAAUAUGUAGAUCACAGGUUUUCAAGGAAGACUUGCUCAUCUCCAGCAGCUAAACUGAAUGAAUUACUUGAGGCUAUCAAAUCCAGGGAUUUGCUUGCACUAAUUCAAGUCUAUGCGGAAGGAGUUGAGCUCAUGGAACCACUCCUGGAAUCUGGACAGGAGCUUGGGGAAACUGCCCUUCAUCUUGCAGUCCGAACUGCAGACCAGACAUCUCUCCAUUUGGUUGACUUUCUUGUUCAAAACUGUGGGAACCUGGAUAAGCAGACGGCCCAGGGGAACACGGUGCUCCACUACUGCAGUCUGUAUGGUAAACCUGAGUGUCUGAAGCUGCUUCUUAGGAGCAAGCCCACCAUGGACAUCGUUAACCAGGCUGGAGAAACUGCCUUGGACAUAGCAAAGAGACUAAAAGCUACCCAGUGUGAAGAUCUGCUUUUCCAGGCUAAGUCUGGAAAAAUCAAUCCACACGUCCAUGUGGAAUAUGAAUGGAAUCUUCGACAGGAGGAGAUGGAUGAAAGUGAUGAUGAUCUGGACGACAAACCAAGUCCUGUCAAGAAAGAGCGCUCACCCAGGCCACAGAGCUUCUGCCACUCCUCCAGCCUUUCCCCACAGGACAAGCUGACACUGCCUGGCUUCAGCACUCCACGGGACAAACAGCGGCUCUCCUACGGAGCCUUCACCAACCAGAUCUUCAUGUCCACGAGCACAGACUCGCCCACAUCACCAACUGCAGAGGCGCCCCCUCUGCCUCCCAGAAACGCCGGGAAAGGUCCAACUGGCCCACCUUCAACACUCCCUCUAAGCACCCAGACCUCUAGUGGCAGCUCCACCCUAUCCAAGAAGAGGCCUCCUCCCCCACCACCCGGACACAAGAGAACCCUGUCUGACCCUCCCAGCCCACUACCUCAUGGGCCCCCAAACAAAGGCGCAGUUCCUUGGGGAAACGAUGUGGGCUCCUCAUCUUCAAGUAAGACUGCAAACAAGUUUGAAGGGCUCUCUCAGCAGUCAAGCACCAGUUCUGCAAAGACUGCCCUUGGCCCAAGAGUACUUCCUAAACUACCUCAGAAAGUGGCACUAAGGAAAACAGAUACCAUCCAUCAUCUGUCCCUGGACAAAACCAGUGUCGCACCCGAAAUCUUCCAGAAGCCGUCACAGGUGGCAGAGUUGCCACAAAAGACACCAUCUGUAGACCUGUCCCUGAAGCCAGCAGAACUUCCCCCCAAGCCUGGAGAGCUGCCCCCCAAGCCCCAGUUGGGCGACCUGCCCCCCAAGCCCCAGCUCUCAGACUUGCCUCCAAAGCCACAGAUGAAGGACCUGCCCCCCAAACCACAGCUGGGAGACCUGCUGGCAAAAUCCCAGCCUGGGGAUGUCUUAGCCAAGCCACCAGAAGUCACACAGAAGUCACACCCAGUGGAUCUCUCCCCAAAUCUGCAGUCCAGGGAUACCAUCCAAAAACAGGCAUCUGAGGACUCUAACGACCUCAUCACGCCCACUCUGCCAGAGACGCCGAUACCACUGCCCAGAAAAAUCAAUACGGGGAAAAACAAAGUGAGACGAGUGAAGACCAUUUACGACUGCCAGGCGGACAAUGACGACGAGCUCACGUUCAUCGAAGGAGAAGUGAUUAUCGUCACAGGGGAAGAGGACCAGGAGUGGUGGAUUGGGCACAUCGAGGGACAGCCUGAAAGGAAGGGGGUAUUUCCAGUGUCCUUUGUCCACAUCCUGUCCGACUAGCAUCACGCCGCACCACAGGAUUGUCCAGCUCCUCCCUUCGAGCCUGCUGCCUCCGUGGACUGAGUCCGGUGCACAAUGUGUAUAUAGCUGCUGUUACAGAGUCAGAAACUCGGGGAAGGAAUCAAACUGUGUGUUACAAAUA